GCGGUAUUUGUCCGGUUGUAUUCAUGACCGCUUUCACAGUGGUGUGGUGUGGUCUGGUCGUCGAUUCGCGCUCGUGGUUAGGAUUCGAAUGGGUUAGGGGUGGGCUUGUCUUUUUUUACUUUCCCGUCCGGUUUUAGCUUUCGCACUCAUUUAAUAUGAUCGAUGACGAGGUUAUGGCCGAUAAGGGCUUCUUUAUCAAACUGGUAAACGAUGAGAAGGGCAAAGGGCUGUUCUCCAACCGCGUGUUCAGAGAGGGCGACGUGAUCCUCGAGGAGAGGCCCGUGGUUUGCUGUCAGUUUCUAUGGAACUCCGAGUUCGGUUAUGUGGCGUGCGACCACUGCCUAAGGCCUCUGGAAACUGCAGAAGAGAACGUUCGCAGGUUGACAGGCAAUUCGAGCUUUGUUGUACCACACAAGGAAUGUUGCGAGGUCAACAAAAGCCUAAUAACCAGUUGUCCACUGUGCGGAGUCAAGUAUUGCAGUGUGGAAUGCCAGACCGAGGCAUUUCAGAGAUAUCACAGUACGCUAUGCCUACAAGCGAGAGUGAAGGACGAGAGCCAUCCUCUUAAUCAUCUAUGCGAAACGUGGAAACAAAUGCAUUAUCCACCCGAAAGUGCAUCAAUCAUGUUACUAGCGAGGAUGGUCGCCGUAGUUAAUCAAGCGAACGAUAAGGAAGAAGCUUUAGCAAUGUUUUCACAGUUUUGUCACCGUACAGUUUCUAAUGACACGCACGAAAUUGUGCAUUAUUUAUUAGGGGAAAAGUUUAUGGGUCAAAUUGAUAUUCUUCAACAAAUGAUGAAGGAAGCUCUAAACACUGAAUAUACUGCGCAUUGGUUUACACCAGACGGUUUUAGAAGUCUAUUAGCUUUAGUAGGAACAAAUGGUCAAGGUAUUGGCACUAGCUCAUUCAGUCGUUGGGUGAAGAAUGUUUCUGCUUUAGAAUUGCCCAAAGAUGAAAGAAUCUACAUUGACAAGUUGAUAGAGAAAAUUUACGACGCCAUGGAUGAAGCGGUAGGUCCGUUUUUGAAUAACGAAGGGUCUGGAUUGUACGUUCUACAAUCAUCAGUGAAUCAUAGUUGUGUACCUAAUGCGGUUGUUGAAUUUCCUUAUUCGAAUAAUACUUUAGUACUGAAAGCAAUACGAGAUAUAAAAGUCGGCGAGGAGAUCUGUACGAGUUACCUUGACGAGUGUCAACUUGAGAGGAGUAGACAUUCCAGACAGCAGGCGUUGAGUUCUUUGUAUUUAUUUGUCUGUCACUGCGACAAGUGUCAGGCACAAGCAAACGAUCCUGAUGUAACGUCCGAUGAGGAAUCUGACGAAGACUGAUGAGUGCUAGCUGAAGAUGCUUGGCAGAAAACAAUGAUGUAAUUUUCAUAAUAAAUAAAAUACUAGAUACAGGUAUCCUUCUAUUUAUGAAUUUUUUUUAUUUACAACCAGUAUGCACGGUCACGGUAAUCAGUUUGUCUUUUAAUCACUUGUUGAAGUCAAUCUGUAUUUAAGCUAAAUAGUAAUUUUUAUAAUUUACCAAAUAUUAUAUUAAGAAUUAUAUUUUUAACAAAAAAGUUUUGUCAUUUAAAAAAAAUUUAGUUAAUAAUUAAUUUUAAUAUUAAAAUGAUUAUUUUCCAGGAAUAAUGAUUUCUUUAUAUAAAAUAAUAUUAAUAUGUCAGUUUAAAAAAUAUGUAUAUAGCAGUAGUUUAAAAUACUUAACACUAUAUUCAUCUUACGAUCAAAAUCUUGGAACAUAAUCGUUGUAAAUAGAGGGUUAUCUGUGUAUAUUGAAUAUUUAACCUCCUUAUGAACAUUUACUUAACGGAUAUCCGUUACGCUUCACUCGACUAUCAUACAUAUGGCGCAUCAAGUGCUUUAUGCAAAUCUACUGAUUUAUUAAAUAAAGCAUGUAGAAUAAACAUACUAUUAUACUUGAAUAAACUUUUAACAAAUGUACUUUAUUAAUAUAACAGAGGCUUUUAAUGGCAUUUCUAUGUAACAACAAAAUUAUAUAAUAAAUUUAAUACAAUGUUCUGCA